CUGAUUGGUGCAUUUUGAAAUGUACCGAACUUCAAUCAGCAGCUGUCAGAUUCAUUAACGCAUUUAUCAGGUUUAUCAGUGCACUAACGUACUAUAAGAUCAAAGACUUUACCCAAUUAUUCUGUUAUAAAAUGGCACAAAACGUUAACCCGCACCACGAACAGCAAUCGAGUGGCGUGAAACAAAGCGACGACAGUAAGAAAGUAUCAUCGGACAACCACGCCGUCUCGAAAAGACUUCACAAAGAGCUCAUGACUUUAAUGAUGAAUCAAGAAAAGAGUAUAUCUGCGUUCCCAGAAGGCGAAAAUCUUUUUAAAUGGAUUGGCACAAUAUCAGGUCCUAAUGAUUCCGUCUAUGAGAAUCAAAAGUACAAGCUAAGUUUACAGUUUCCCAACUCCUAUCCCUACACAGCUCCUAUUGUGAAAUUUAUUACAGCUGUGUUUCAUCCAAAUGUGGAUACAAAUGGCAAUAUAUGCCUAGACAUCCUGAAAGACAAAUGGUCAGCAUUAUAUGAUGUUAGAACUAUUUUAUUAUCAAUUCAAGCAUUGCUGGGUGAGCCAAACAUUUAUAGUCCAUUGAAUGCUUUAGCAGCUGACUUAUGGAAAGACCCUGAAGAAUAUAAGAAACAUGUACUGGAAGUAUACAAAGAGUUGUAAAAUUUACACCAAUGAUUCAUUUAGUUUAAUUUUUAAUUAGGGCUUUUUUACAUAUUUACAUACUUGUAAAUUGUUUGAGGUCAGUUAAUCAUAUACAUGUCAAAUGUUCAAAUUGGACUCAAAGUUCAUUAACAAAAUUUUACAUUAUGUGGUGUAUGAAAAACAUAUUCCUGAUCUUAUUUUUAUAUACUUAUUGUGUCUUUAUAUUGUAUUACAUUCAUUAUUGUUCAUUUUUCAUUCAUCUGUAUACAUGAGGUAUUUAAAUGAUCAUUGUGCUGACAUCAAAACUGUUGAUUUAAUUUAAUGGAUUCCAUGUCACUGUUUAUUAAAUUUUUGUGAAUUGUAUGUUUGUUUGAAAUCAUGAAUUUUCUAGGAAUAAUUGAUGAAUAAAUGUAUCUCCAAAGAAAA